GUAUUCAUUUUUCAACCUUCUCUCCCUUUGAAGCACUCCAUUUGGGCACAAUACAUGAGCAUUCAAGUGGUGUUUCUGAUGAGCACUGCACUCUUCUUUGUGACCCCGAUGUUUGUCAUCACUAUCAUGUACAGCCGGAUAGCGAUUCAAAUACGACGAUCCAACUUCAUACAACUUCUUGCACAGUCUACCAAUAACGCGUCAGAACCGGUGAAGUUUACUACACAAGGACAGACAGCGGCGAGGAAUAGAAAAGGUAUCACAAGGAUGCUGGCAUGCACGACAAACCCAUUUUUAACUAAAAAGACCAACCUGACAGAUAAUUGCCUAUUAUCCGCCAUCUUCCUAUUCCGUCUGUUUGCAGGCUUUUUAUACUACAUCAGUCCAACAGUUAACCCGAUCCUAUACAGCCUGAUGUCAGUUCGAUUUCGUCGGGCAUUUUUGGCUGUAUUUUGCACCAAAAAGCACACCAGACAGCCCAGACGACAGCCUACACUGAAGAACACGUGCAUCAACGUCUCCUACGCACCACGCUGUGAGCACUCUCAAGCCAGUUCGUCACAACGUCACGAACGUUUCAUUUCGAUACAAUGA